CCAAGUCUAACUUGUUCUCUGGUUUAAAUAACGUCGCCGAAUAUGGCUUAUUAGAAGAAAGAUUUACUGAAUAUUACGGAUUUACUCAAGAAGAAGUUGAUGAAUUACUAGUUAAAGUGCCGGCAAUUAUUAACAAAGAUAGUGGUAAUAUGGACUUACUAGAAAAAGCCUUUUUGAAUGAUGAAGUUCAAGAACAAAUUCAACAAUUGGUUCGUGGCAAGAGCAUCGUUUCCCCCAUCGAAAAAGAAAUUAGUUUUAGUGAUUUUGAGCAACCCGAAAUUCUUUUUAGUUUAUUACUUUUCAGUGGCUAUCUGAGUCCGAUGACCAAGUCUUCUUUACAAACCGAUGCUUAUGAACUAGCAGUUCCUAAUCGAGAAGUACAAAAAGUUCGGGAGUUCGUAAAACAAUUAAAGGAACUUUUAUUAGAAGGAGGA